AUGGACUGGUUUAUGGGGAAGGGGAGACGGAAAGACAAGGAUUCUCCAACCCCACUUGUCCAAGAUGAACAACGACAAUACUUACAAGACAGUUGUGUUCAAGAGAGAAUUAUACAAGCUGAUUUUGAAAAAAUUGUUGAAAUUCCACUUUGUUUGGAUUACUGUGAAUGGUUAGCUACUCAUGUAAUUUCCUUUUUUAACCAUGUCAACCUGAUGUAUGGAGCAAUAUCGGAAUACUGUACGUCAGAAGGAUGUUCGAUUAUGAAUGGACCAGGAAAUGUGCAAUAUUUUUGGCAUGAUGAAAAAGGCAAGAAAUUUAAAUGUACAGCACCUGAAUAUGUUGAUUAUGUUAUGUCAUUCAUACAAAAGGAUAUUUUAGAAGAAACAGUUUUUCCCACAAAAUUUGGUAAUGCUUUUCCUAGCACUUUCCAAACAGUAGUGAAACGGAUCCACCGAUAUUUAUUUCACGUCCUUGCUCACAUUUACCAUGCUCAUUACAAUGAAGUUUACGUCCUUGGUUUGCACGGCCAUCUGAAUACUCUGUUUGCUCACUUCAUGGUAUUCAAUCUUCGGUUUGAUUUGCUUGAAGAGAAGGAAACCGAUGUGCUUCACGACUUGAUUAAAGCUCUCACAACUUUUGUGCCGACAGAUACAAUUAACCCUUUGACUAGCACAGCAUCUGGAGAGGAGACAGCAGCAGACGGGACAGCCAUGACCAAUGCUCCUUCACCCAACCCUGCUGCAAAUCCAAUCAUCAACCCUUCCAACAAUGAAUUAGAAAAUGAACAGAUGCGGACAUAA